AUGUCUCCGCCAAUCACCGAUGCAAAGUCCGCCGAUGCGGCAACACUGGCCUUGCUCGGGAAGACUCAAGUCUUGAAACGUCGUUUCGGACUGGUCACGCUCUUUAGUUUUGCCGUCUGCGAGUUGAUCACUUGGGAGACGGUACUGGCAAUUUUCUCCCAAGCAUUCAACAAUGGCGGUCCUGCCGGUGCCGUCUAUGGAUUCAUCAUCGCUUGGUCGUCCACGUUGUCCGUCUACACCGUCAUCUCCGAACUGGCGUCCAUGGCUCCCAUCGCUGGAGGUCAAUACUAUUGGGUCUUCAUGCUUGCGCCGCCUCGCUGGAGGACCAUCUGCAGCUAUGUCGUCGGCUGGCUGACCUCCUUGGCUUGGAUCGCCACGGUAGCGACUGAGACCCUCUUUGCCGGCACGAUCAUUCAAAGCAUCAUCACUCUCGACAACCCUGGUUACGAAGGAAAGUUGUGGCAAGGAACAUUGCUAACCUGGGCCGUCAUCGCCGUGUGCGUCUUCAUCAACGUCGUGAUCCCGAAUUGGCUUCCUCGGUUUGAGUUCAUGAUGGUCAUCUUCCACCUCGUUGGAUUCGUCGCCAUCUUGACGACUCUGUGGGUCAUGACUCCCACGAUUGGCUCGGCGGAGAGUGUCUGGCUUACCUCGCUGAACGAAGGCGGUUGGCCCACGCAAGGAUUGUCGUACUGUGUCGGGUUUCUCGGGAAUGUCGCCACAUUCGUCGGCGCUGACGCAAGUGUCCACCUCGCCGAAGAGGUCUCCAAUGCUGCCAUCAACAUCCCCCGUGCCAUCCUGGCUGCCAUGCUGAUCAAUGGCGCCGUCGGCUUCGCGAUGAUGAUCACGAUCCUGUACUGCCUCGGAGAUGUCGAGACUGUCCUCGGCACCAAGACCGGAUUCCCAUUCAUCCAGAUCUUCAAAGACAGCGUCGGAAACGUCCCAGGCGCCACCGUCAUGACCGCCAUCGUCCUCAUCCUCACCUGGGCAUGUGCCACCGGCAUCACCACCACAGCCUCCCGAAUGACCUGGUCCUUCGCUCGCGACCGCGGCCUGCCAUUCUCCAAGUACCUCAGCAGAGUCAACCCUCGAACCAAAGUCCCGGUCAUAGCCUGCCUGACAGCCACCGCCAUCGCCGCCUUACUGACUCUAAUCUACGUCGGAUCAGCAACAGCCUUCAACGACGUCAUCUCCCUGACCAUCACCGGCUUCUACGGCUCCUACUUCCUCCCCGCAGCCUUCCUCCUCUACCACCGCAUCAAAGGCAAUAUCGCACCACACGGCUCCCAUGUCGACGCCUCUUCCCACGAGACGACCUUCCACGACGUAAAAGACGCCUCAUUCCCCUCGCCGGACACCCUCUCCGACGACGACUCAAGAAUGCAAAUCGCCAGCAUGCGCCUAACAUGGGGCCCCUGGCGUCUCCCCGGCAUUCUCGGAAUCAUCAACAACGUCUACGCGUGCGCGUACAUGAUCUUCGUCAUUUUCUGGAGCGUGUGGCCGCCGGAGACUCCGGUGACGCCUUCGACGAUGAAUUACUCGGUGGUGGUCACGGGUGGGGUGAUGAUUUUGAGCGCGGUGUGGUAUUUUGUGGGGGGGAGGAAGGUGUACAAGGGGCCGUUGAUUGAUGAGGAGGUUGCUGCUGUUAUGAGGGGGGCGAGUGUGGGUUCUGUGGGUUGAAGACGAGCUCUCGCGAGUAACUCCUAAGACGUCUCACAACUGACUUCGCGAUUAUCUGCGCUACGUCCAGGCCAUCCUCAUCGAAGACAUAAUCAUCACUCCCGCAGGACGCAAUUCGUCGACCUUCCGGCCCUCG